AUGUCCAGCGAUAGCCUCAGCACAACAUCGUCCCGCUCGUCCCGCUCAUCAUUCCACAUCGACAUGCCCAGCAAACCCUACCCAGACACAGCAGCCACUCCCACUCCCACUCCCACUUCCGCCAUCACCACGCCUUCGCCCAACCCGCAGAAUCCCAUCAGCACAUCCUGGCACGCUCACCCGGCGCACCUGCCACACAUCCACAUCGCGACGCCGCACCCUCUGGCGGCAGCGACGCAGUAUCUGGACAAGCAUGUUGUCCCCGUCUUCGCCAAGCACCACCAGGAGUACGUCGUGAAUCGGGACAUCCGGGCCGCCAAGCGCGAGGCCCGGCAACACAGCCUGGUCGACAGUCCGAUCCCGGAGCUCGACGAUGACGACGACGACGGCGACAACAACCGUCACAACGUUGUCAAUGCCAAUAGUAGUACGGCGGCGGCAGCGGGUUUGGCCGACUUGGGACAGGGUCAGGGUCAGGGUCACGCUCACGCUCACGCUGAGGCUGCGACGUUGGACAAUGAUGCGUGGCAGGCUAUCUUGGCCAAGCGCGAGGCCGCCAGGUUGCGCUCUGGGAGCGACAUCUCGAGCGGCGAGAGUGCCUUCUCCCACGGCCCGAAGUGA